UCAAUGGGGCCAGCCCAGCAGCCCCUGCUCAUAAGAAAGUGGAGCUUGCCAUCUGCUCAGGCUUUGGCAGCGGCGGCAGGGAGAGCCUGGAGAGCGCGGGGUCAUCGCUCCUGCUCCCGAACUCCAUGCUGAAGAAGAGAGUCUGGCCGGGCGGCGCACGGUUGCUGUGCCGGAGGAGCUCACUCCUGUAAGCGAGCUUGCUAUAUAUCUAGCCGGCAGUAGCUACCUUGAGUUCAGGCGCAAAGCAGCUAGCAGCUAGAGCAGGCGAGAAGAAGCUAGCAUCGGUACGGUCACAAAGGUAGCAAGCAAUUCAGCCCAUGGACAACCAGCCGCUGCCCUACUCCACCGGCCAGCCCCCGGCAACCGGCGGGGCCCCGGUGCCCGGCGUGCCUGGCACGGUCGGGCCCCCGCCGGUGCCGCACCACCACCUGCUCCAGCAGCAGCAGGCCCAGCUGCAGGCGUUCUGGGCGUACCAGCGGCAGGAGGCGGAGCGCGCGUCGGCGUCGGACUUCAAGAACCACCAGCUGCCGCUGGCCCGGAUCAAGAAGAUCAUGAAGGCCGACGAGGACGUGCGCAUGAUCUCCGCGGAGGCGCCGGUGCUGUUCGCCAAGGCCUGCGAGCUCUUCAUCCUCGAGCUCACCAUCCGCUCCUGGCUGCACGCCGAGGAGAACAAGCGCCGCACCCUGCAGCGCAACGACGUCGCCGCCGCCAUCGCGCGCACCGACGUCUUCGACUUCCUCGUCGACAUCGUGCCGCGCGAGGAGGCCAAGGAGGAGCCCGGCAGCGCCCUGGGGUUCGCGGCGGCGGCAGGGGCCGGCGCCGUCGGGGGAGGCGCGGCGGGCGGCGCCCCGGCCGCCGGGAUGCCGUACUACUACCCUCCGAUGGGGCAGCCGGCGCCGAUGAUGCCGGCCUGGCACGUUCCCGCCUGGGAACCGGCCUGGCAGCAGGGGGCGGCGGCGGAUGUCGAUCAGAGCGGCAGCUUCGGCGAGGAUGGGCAAGGGUUUGCAGGAGGCCAUGGCAGCGGUGCCGCUAGCUUCCCUCCUCCUGCACCUCCGAGCUCCGAGUGAUCCGCGCGCUCCUACACGUACGAUGGCUUAGCUACACAUGCAGAGGUGCUUGCAGUGAAUGUAUAUCGUUCAAUGUGUCACGGUGUCUAGCAAGCAUGGUAAUUAAUGGAGCAACAUUCAGAACGAAUAAGUGCGACGCUGGGGAGUAAUUUGUACAUGCACCUGAUGUGCUGAUUAAUCAAAGACUAACAUGCAGUUUAAUCAAUUACUAGCUAGUUGUUCA